AUGGGCCUAACAUGUAGUCAUACGAAUUCCAAGAUCUCGGUUAUCAGACAUCUCGUGCUGAUGGCUCUCCAUCCGACACCUGCUUCAGCCGCCCUUAACUUCUCAAGCUCCGAGGCCGGAAAAGUGCAGUGGUCGCUCGACUGUGACUGGGUCGGCAACGACAUCGGCCGAGCCGCCGGCAAGGGCGAGACGUGCGGACAGCAGUGCCUGAGCCGCGCGGAUUGCACGCACUGGACGUGGAGCGCCUUCAACGGCGGCACGUGCUGGCUCAAGGGGGCGAUCAACGCCACUGAAUUGGUCCCCGCCACUGGCACGUCGUGCGGUUACCGCGUCGGCGACAGCGCGACCGGCAACCCCUACGCGACAGUCAAGCAGUACCUCAACCCCGGGUACAAGACGAGCGUGAAAUCCGCGAUGCGCGCCACGCUUCCCUCCGAUGCGCCGUUUUUCGCGAGCGUGGCGGAUCAUCCGACGGCCGUGUGGCUGGACAGGAUGGCGGCGCUCGACUCCAUCCAAGGCCACCUCGACGACGCUAAGGCUCAGGCGGCCGGCAAACCCAUUCUCGUGCAAUUCGUGAUCUACGACCUCCCGGGCCGCGACUGCAAGGCGUGGUCAUCUAAUGGGGAGAUUCCCAAGGGCGGCCUCGACACGCACAAGACCAAGCACAUCGAUGUUGCCGUGCUGGCUUUUCAAAAGAAGGCGGCGAACGUGCGUCUUUCGCUCGUGAUCGAGCCCGACUCGCUGCCCAACAUCGCGACCAACAUGGGGAUGAACCGGUGCGACGCGACGACGGACAAGGAGUACACGGAGGGCGUCGCGUAUGCCAUUGCGGAGCUCUCGCAGAUCCCCGACACCACGCUCUAUCUCGACUCCAGCUUCGGCGGCUGGCUCGGUUGGCCGGAGGGGAUGAAGCGCGUCGUGGCGGUGUACAAGAAGGUCCUCACGCGCGCGCGGCAGAUCCGCGCGAACGCCAAGAUCCGCGGCUUCGCGUCCAACGUGGCCAACUACAUCCCGCUCUUCGCGUCCGGAUGCCCGGCGUUAGAAAAGUGCCCACUCGCGAAGAACCCGAGCACGGGCGAGAUGUGCUACGACUGGAACCCGUGCAUCGACGAGAACCGGUUCACGUCGCGCAUGAAUGCGUACCUGGGAGCCUUGGGCUUGCCGACCAGGUGGAUUGUGGACACCAGCCGGUCCGGCCGCGCUGGCAUUCGGAAGCGCUGGGGGUCGUGGUGCAACGUGAAGGGCGCGGGAAUCGGACAGCGCCUCGAGGCGAAUCCUGCCAAUGCGCCGCAAGGGGGCCUCGGGUGGUCUCAUGCGGCUCCCUCCCCUUUCCCACACACCUUUUGCUUGCCUGCUCGGUGGUUGAUGCUCUGGUUUGGAUCAAGCCGCCUGGGGAGAGCGAUGGCCAUUCGUAAGUACCUAAUCCCUCCUAUGCGCCUGCGAACAAAGUUUCUGGGCAUUUUCCCCGUGGAUCGCGAGUGCAACCCCGAUGACGCGCUGGGCCUGGACGCCCUACCGAGCGCGACCCGCGCAGGGCAAUGGUUCCAGACGCAAUUCACCGCGCUGGUCCGCUACGCCAACCCCCCCAUGCCUGCUGGCAAGGUGGACCCGCCCACGCCUGCCGACCCGUGCAAGACCGAUCUGAAAACAAACCACGCGUGCGAUCCAUUCUGGGAGGACUUGGCCGUCAAAUACUCGCCGCAGUACAAGUUCCACCCCGACGAAACCAUCUGGCCAAUCACGAUCGACGAGUACCUCACACAUGUGUAUGACUCCAUGGGUUCGUAUUUUGUGGGAAAUACGGAGUGUAAGGUUGAAUACCAGGCGGGCCCGAUCACUCCCGACAAUCUUAAUACAUUGCUGGAGAAUGUGGAUCUGAAGAGCGAGCAUGGACAUACUGUCCUGCGGAUUCUGGGUGAAAUUGAUCAGAAUACGGACUGGGUGAAAGACUCGAGGCGCAACCCGAAGAACGGAGGCACGAAGCUGUACACGGUCAUUUACAAUCCGAAACCCGACGACACAGACUCGUUUGUGGAGAUUCAGUAUUGGCUCUUCUACCCAUAUAACUAUGUCAACCUCCUUGCUGGGGAGUACAACCGCAUUACGGACCUUGUGGCGAUUGCAAUCCGUUUCACAAAGUCUGGCCAGCCGCAGCGUGUUUGGUACGCGCAGCACGGCGGCGGCCCCGUGUGGGCGUGGGACACCGGAGCUGACUGGGCCGACUCCAAGCCAAAGGAGUUUGCUACAGUGAUGGGAACACAUCCCAUUGUGUAUGUCGCGGAAGGAACCCAUGAGCAUUACCAUAAAGUCGGUAGUAGUUUCCAUUGCAAUGUGGGCAAUUGUGACGAGACUGCAAACGGAGGAGUCGCGUGGGCGCCCUUUGACAACCCGCAGUCUGCCUUCGAGUUUGUUCAUGUGAAGAGCGAGAUGUCCGCUUCCAUGCCGAAUGCAAAUAGGGCGAAGCUAUUCAAGGGGAGAAACAAGUGGAUGGGUUUCAAAGGGAAAAUUGGUGGAUAUUGUAAGUGCAUUCGCCCCAAGCACAGUGUGUACAGAACGCUUUGGAUGAUCGGUGCUGACUUUGUUUGCUUUGUUCUCAGACUUGAGUUGGCUCUCCAGGGGUAA